ACCACUUGCGACUUGCGGCUGCCAAUACGCCUCCGCGACGCCCACUCUCGCACUGCUUCAACGAGCGUCAACACGCGAGUGUUCACUUUUGAGCGAGUUGCGCGCCCUUUCUCUCACGCAGUGUAAUCGUGCUUCGGUACGUGAAUGCAAAACCGGACUACUCUCUUGACACAGGCCAGAAAGGAAUCCACGGCAAUUCGGACUUCUCAAAUAUUUUUUAGGCUCUCAAGGCCUGGCCUGCCAUUCCCCUGGUCCCCGCCUCGUCUCCGCGGGGCUUCAACACCGAACACACGCCGAUAACCACGUAGUCAAAAAGAGAACAAGGCAUGACUGCGACGCACGGCGGCGGAUGUGAAGAUGACCGCCCGGUCAAGGACUCCGUGUACACUAUCAAAACAGGAUUCAAGAAUGAUGGCUACCAGCAUGACCGCGACUCGAACAGCGACAUUGUCAAGCCCCCGCCUCUACCGAUGGAAGACGAUUCCUAUGCCUCUGGAAAAGUAAAGCUUGCAAGGAGCGAAAAAUGGAGAAUACUUAAGAACGUUGCCGCCGUUAGCGCUGCGUUCAUGGUACAGUUCACCGCUUUCCAAGGCACAGCGAACCUCCAAUCGUCGAUUAAUGCCCGCGAUGGUCUGGGAACCGUGUCCCUAAGUUCCAUUUACGCUGCGCAAGUUGUUUCGUGCAUCUUCGUGCCGACAUUCCUCAUUAAAAGGCUAACGGUCAAGUGGUCACUCUGCCUUUCUAUGAUGUGCUACGCACCGUAUAUUGGCGCGCAAUUCUUCCCGGCUUUCUACACAUUGGUACCGGCAGGUGUUUUAGUCGGUCUUGGAGCGGCUCCUAUGUGGACAUCGAAGGCUACGUACCUGACGCAAGCGGGAAGCGUGUACGCAAAACUGACAGACCAAGCAGUUGAUGGAAUUAUUGUACGGUUCUUUGGAUUCUUCUUCCUCGCCUGGCAAACCGCUGAACUGUGGGGCAACCUCAUAUCUAGUUUAGUAUUUUCAUCCGGAGUGCACAGCGGGAAUGUGACAACCGAAAACACCAGCAGCACGCUGCUCACCUGCGGAGCGAACUUCUGCAUGAUCGGCGGCGGUCAGCACGACAACCAGAACCUCCACCGCCCUCCCGACACCGAGAUAUAUGAGAUCAGUGCCAUAUACCUCGCCUGUGUAGUCGUAGCUGUUCUCAUGGUAGCUUUCUUCGUCGACCCUCUAUCUCGAUAUGGUGAGAAGCAAAGGCAAUCAGAUCCUUCAAAAGAACUUACUGGAAUUCAACUGCUUUCUGCGACCGCUUACCAGCUAAAGAAGCCGAAUCAGCAACUGUUGAUUCCAAUCACGUUAUGGAUCGGUAUGGAACAGGCGUUUAUUGGGGCUGAUUAUACACAGGCAUACGUAUCCUGUGCAUUGGGCAUCCGCUCCAUCGGAUAUGUGAUGAUCUGCUUUGGAGUGGUGAACGCUAUUUGUUCACUUCUUUUCGGUUCAGUGAUGAAGUACAUUGGACGGUUUCCCAUCCUGGUGAUGGGAGCAGCUCUUCACUUGGGACUCAUUGUAUGGCUUCUCAUAUGGAGACCGAACCCAGAAACUCCUACUACCUUCUUCGUGAUAUCAGGCCUGUGGGGAGUCGGUGAUGCCGUAUGGCAAACACAAGUGAAUGGUCUAUACGGAGUACUUUUCAGACGUAACAAAGAGGCUGCUUUCUCCAACUACAGGCUCUGGGAAGCCGCUGGGUUUGUUGUAGCCUACGCUUACUCUACUCAUCUAUGUGCCAGAAUGAAGCUAUAUGUCAUGAUGGUCGUGCUUCUCAUCGGAGUUGUUGGAUACAUUAUUGUGGAGAUACUGCAUAAGCGAAAGACUCGCCGAUUAAAGGCCAUCGCUGAGAACCCAGUAGCUGCGGCCGAAGCAGCUAAGCAACCCCCAGAAGAAGACGAUGAGAAGGAUGAAAUCGACGAUGAGAUCAUCAUAACGCACCUGUAAAGCGUCGGACACGAUCGCUUGGAUCGCCCUACCGCCAGGCACUUUUCGUGCUAUUUUGCCAUACACAAAACAUUUAGGUACAAAAUCAUACUGAAAUUAUAAUAUCGAAUUUAUUUAGAUCUAUUUAUACCUAUUCGAUAAGUUUUGGCUUCAGUUCCCGAAGCGACCAGAGUUUUAAGUACAAAGGUUUUUCGAACAUCGAGGUAUAGAUUAUUUUGAUAUGGCUCCGUAAAAUACUUUAUUUUCACCAACCACCAACAAAUAUAUACGUAUAAGAAUAAUUUCAUUUGUUAUAUUUUGGAUAUAAUGAUUUUUCCAAAAGCACUUUCAAAUAAAAGUUUAAAUGAUGUAAAAAUGUACUACAUACAAAUACUAUGUACAAAUGAAGGUUACUCGGCCUACGUUUAAAUUCAAUAUGUAGUAUUAAGACAAUAAGAGGCAAGCAAAAUUGAAGUAUGUACUAUUAUAAUUGAAAAUAAAAGAUAUAUUAAUAUCUUAUCUAUUGACUUUCUCGGACUUCAUUUACCGUUACACUAAGUAACAAAGAUUAGAUCAAGAUUCAAGACUAUGUUUUUAUAACUGUAACUUGAUUUGAAUACAUUGCAAUACAAAUUAUAAAAUAUUAAAAGAAGGUAUUUAAUAGAUAGGUGUUUUCUUUGAAAUAAGUAAAGUUCAUUUCAUUUGGUUUAAUUCUUGGAAGUUUUUUUUAUGUUUACUCUGCUAUAGUCGCGACAAUAUUUAACGAAAGUAACGCGUCAUUUAAUUUUAUGAAUGAACAACCAGCUGUGUUUACUUUUCUUUUAAUAUUUCUUAAUUGAAGUCUUUGUUUUAAAAUGUUACAAUUUGAAUUUUAUACAAAGACUACAAUUUAUUACUAAGGAACUGCGAUCUUAUAAUUAUAAUAUGAUGUUUACAAAGAGUAUAUUACAAAUCGUUAACUUCUAAACCUAGUAAAUUUUGUAAUACACGAGUUCUAUAAAAUUUAUCUUAGUUAUCUGUUUUGGGCUGGUACCAAAGACGACAUGUGAAGUGUAUUGGAAUGUCUUCGGUUAACGUACAGUUUGUAUGUCUAUUUAUUUUCCUUUAUAGAAAAUAAAUGACCAAUAAAUUACAUUAAUACAUUGAUCAUAUUGUAAUUUUUAAGUUCUUCUAUGUAUUCAUCUUAUUUAAUCUUUGAAUUGUUUCAGCACUAGUUUUAUAAUAACCUUCACCGUGAUGUUUUUUUAUGCAACAACUAAUGUCGGUGGCGUUAUUAUUUUUGUAUUAUUAUUAUUCUAAUUAGUUUGUGAAUUGAUUUAUUAACAAGUUGCACUAUUUGUAGAUUCGUCGUGUGUAUGCAGUUUCACAUACAAAUAAUUUUGUUUCAAUCUAUGUAAACACAGCUCACACACAACUAUAUAAGGAUGCAUUGUCAUCGUUUCACGUUUAGCUAAUUAUUACAAUAUCAGAUUAAGGAGGUCUAGAUCAAAUAAAUUAUAGUAUACAUAAGUUUAUAAAUAUUUAGAAUAAGUUUAUGUUUACCCAUUGCUAUGUUUAAUAUAGCUAUGUUGUAGGCGAUAUAUUUACAGAAAUAUCCCUUAUUUAUAAUAUAGCACGUAUUUAUUGAGAGUAUAAGGCAUGAAUGCUUCAUUUAGUAUUGUUUAAUUCAAAAUUCCUAGCAUUCUAUGCAACGUAACGUAAGUAUACCUAUGCAGCAUUAAUAUACGUAAUAUAUACGUAUUGGACCACAACCUAGACGGAAAACUAAUUAUCCAGUUAAUUAUAAUGCAGAUACGAAUUAAAAAUAAAUAAAAUAUAAUGCCUGCAAUAUUCGAAUUUCCGUAUGUAGAUGUGAUGAUUUGGCCCUAGCAUGUAAUGCUGACAGGCAUAUUUAUAGAAUAAAAAUUAUAUUCUAUGGUACGCGCGGUGGGUACCAAUUUUAGGGUAACAAAACCACGUGAUAAUUAACAUAUAGUGUAAAAAUAUAUGUUAUUGUAUAAAAAUAUAAGUAGCUGUAAUUGUAGAACAUACGCCUAUUUCACUUGGAAAUAACACUUCUUUUGUUUAAUUAAUGAUUUCAUUUAAUUACACUUUACUGUAAAACGAAUUUGUGAUGAAAAUAAACACUUAGUUUGUUGUA